CUGAAUCCUCCGGGCGUUUAUUCUGGUCUCCAUUCGCUCCCGUCCACAGAUUCAGGAUCUCUUGGUUGGUGUCUGAAGGUGUGAGAGCAAUUUACAGGGCAGCGUUUGGAGGAAUUGAAAAGAAAACACCCUUCGUUUUGGUAUCUGAGCAGGAGUGUCAGGAGUCAGGACAGACAGACAGAGGAUCACAGCAACAAUGGACUCAUCAGUCAUGUUCAUGAUGGAGGAGGAGGUGACCUGUCCUAUCUGCCUGGAGCUCCUGAAUGAACCUGUGAGUGCUGAUUGUGACCACAGCUUCUGCCGAGCCUGCAUCACACUGAACUAUGAGUCCAGCAAAAGCAAAGAAGGGGAGGGUGUCUGCCCUGUGUGCCGAGUGAGUUACCUGUUUGGGAAUCUGAGGCCUAAUCGACAUGUGGCCAACAUAGUGGAGAGGCUCAAGGGGCUCAAGUCCAACCUAAAGAAGCAGCAGAAGGUGAAUGUCUGUGCACAACAUGGAGAGAAACUCCAGCUCUUCUGUGAGAAGGACAUGGUGGCCAUCUGCUGGCUUUGUGAGCGGUCUCAGGAGCACCGUGGCCACGUAACAGCUCUCAUUGAAGAAGUGGCCUAUAAGUAUGAGGAGAAGCUCCAGGCAGCUCUGCAGAUGCAGAUGGCAAAUGAGAAAAGAUGUGAUGAGUGGGAAGAUGGCCUUCAAAAGGAGAGAACUUUCUGGAAGAACCAAAUACAGGGUGAUGUAGAAAAAGUUCAGAUGGAGUUUAAAGGACUUCGGGAAUUCCUGGACUCCAAGGAGAAGAAUGAGGUGCAGAAGCUGAAGCAGGAGGAGGAAGACAUUAUGAACAGCUUGGCAGAGUCUGAAAGUGAGCUGGUGAAGCAGAGGGAGUCAGUGAGAGCCCUCAUCUCAGAUCUGGAGCAUCAGUUGCAGUGCUCAACCAUGGAAAUGCUGCAGGGUGUGAAUUCUGUCCUUAAAAGGAGUCAGACCUUAAGACUGAAACAACCUGAAAUGAUCCCAAGAAAACAGAGAAGGAUCUUCAGAGCUCCAGAUCUGAAAGGCAUGCUGCAAGUGUUUCAAGGGCUCAUGGAUGCUCAACAAUACUGGGUUCAUGUGACCCUGAAUCAAGUCCACAAUGAAAACAUUGCUGUUAAUGAGGACAAAGACAAAUACAACAUCAAAAUAAUUCUAGAAGAAAUUUGCAAAUUUCUGAGACCUAUGGUUUGGGUGUCCUGGGAUACCCAGCUUUGCACUCAGGGAAACAUUACUGGGAAGUGGAUGUGUCUAGAAAUGAUGCCUGGCUCCUGGGAUUAAAUGAUGGAAAAUGUGCUCAACCCCAACUUUGUGCACUGAAUGAAAGUGGCAUCAAAAUCCAAUUUAAUCCUCCUGUUCAACAACAUUCAUAUCGUCAGCCUUUAUUUCCCCCUAGCCCUUUUAGUUAUAAACUACAUGAAUAUCAGCCUACAUAUGCAGUUAAAAAUAAUUCUGAUUUGAAACAGCAUGUGAAUUAUCAGCCUAAACAUGGCUACUGGGUUAUAGGGAUGAAGAAUGGGUCUGUAUAUAAUGCCUUUGAAGAGUGUUCUGACACUCACAAUGCCAGUGUCUUGGUCCUCUCUCUGACUGGUCGUCCCAGUCGUGUUGGAGUUUUCCUGGACAGAGAAGCUUGUACUCUCUCAUUUUAUGAUGUUUCCAACCACGGAGUUCUCAUCUAUAGAUUCUAUGAUCCUUCCUUCCCUGAUGCAGUUUAUCCAUACUUUAAUCCCAUGUCAUGUUCAGAGCCAAUGACAGUAUGUGGGCCACCCUCCUAAACCCUCACCCAUAUCUACACAGUGCCCCAUGUCUGAUGUAUCUCAUAUGCCUGAGCUCCCUGGCAUCGUCAUAACUGUUUCUGCCUUUGCCCUUUCCUUGUUAAUAAACUUCAGUUCUCAAUACAAACCAGCAUGGAUUCGUUUCCUUGAUCCAGUUGCUUGUCUGGUUACAAGGCAAUAAUUCAUCAUUUCCCAUAUUCCCAAAGAAAAUGACUCUUUCCUCAUUAGGUGAGGUGAAGCCUCUGCUAACCCCUUUCCUGUUUUGUGAUGCCACAGAGGGAAGGCAGGGCCUUGUGCAUGCUGAGGAGGUGGCUCUACCACUGAGUCACCUGUCCCAGCUCUGCCAUGUCUGCACAAGCCCAUGCCUUCUGCCACUGACAAGAGAUGAAAGAAAGUUCUUCGCCAGGUUGUCUAUUAGUUUGGAAAAUUAUAUGCAGGAGUUUUUAGCCUAGGAAUGAGCCCUUAGUGGUAUGUCAGGUUAACCACAAUGCUUUGCUUCAUCCAAACUUAAGGAAACACCUGAAAUGGUACCCACUAAAACUGUGUGUUCAGAGUACCUGGGUUCUGUUCCUACCACUCCACACAGCACUGUAACCCUGAAUAACAUCCUCAAAAGCCUAUGCUUUAUGGGGUUUUUGUUUUUGUUCUGAUUUUUUGUUUGUUUGUUUGGUUUUCAUUGUUAAUUUUUACAAUUUUACUGUACAGAGUGCACACAUCCUGUAGGUCAAUGUAAGAAAAUAAAUUUGAAAUCUGUUACAAGGC